AUGAUCAGGCAAGUGAUUAAGGUUGUCGUCUCAAAUAGACGUCUGAAGGAAUUCCUAGUAGCCGAAGAAUUGUCGGAGACAGCAAUCGAUAUUGACGAAGAUGAGAAAUAUUAUCAUGAUUCUGCAGAAUUCUCAACAGCCUCGUUCACUUGGAAUCGGGACGAUCCACCACAGCUUCGAGAAAUCUCAUUGAAGAUUGGAAAGGGGAAGCUACUCGCCGUCGUUGGGACUGUAGGAGCCGGUAAAUCCAGUCUACUCUCAGCUCUGUUAGGUGAUAUGGAGAAACUACAUGGCUACGUGGGACGUCGCGGAACAGUGGCCUACGUUCCACAGCUACCAUGGAUUCGGAACAGCACUCUUCGGGAGAAUAUACUCAUGGGCAAGCCGUUUGAUAAACUCUUCUAUGAGGAAGUUAUUGAGGCAUGCGCACUGCGAGCAGACUUGGUGCAACUACCGAACGGCGACCAAACGGAAAUUGGCGAAAAGGGCGUUAACCUUUCCGGUGGUCAAAAAGCUCGAAUUGCAUUGGCUCGAGCAGUCUACCAGAAUCAUGAUGUUUAUCUUCUUGAUGACCCGCUUUCAGCGGUAGACGCUCAUGUUGCUAAACACAUAUUCACCAAUGUCCUCGGACCGCAAGGUCUUUUGGCCACCAAAGCGAGGAUCCUGGUCACCCAUGGGCUAUCAUUUCUCAAGGAUACCGAUGUCGUUGCUGUAAUGAGAGGUGGAACGAUUAUGUAUGUGGACACGUACGAACAUCUUCUGGACAACGCCGAUGCUCUCGAGAUAAUACAGGAAGCUGCCGAGACUCCAGAUGAGACGCCGGAAGCAGAGCCUUCUGAAGUAUCAGACGAAGAAAGUGAAGUUGUCGAGGAGUUAGGACUCGAUACGGAUGAUAUGUCUUCGAAAAGGAAACAGCUGGGUCACCUAAUAGAAGACGAGACGAGUGCGCUAGGAAGGGUCAAAUUUUCCGUCUACCUAACUUAUUUCAAUGCUAUGGGUAUUCUACGUUAUUUUGUGCCUUUUGCAGUAACAUUAUUGUUGAACUCAGUCUUCGUAAUGGGCAGGAGUUUUUGGCUAACCGAUUGGUCAAACGACAAUAUUCCUGGAGAAAACGAGACGCUUGCAAAGCCACUGGGAGUUCGCCUUGGUGUUUAUGGUAUUCUUGGGACUCUGGAAGUUGUGUUUCUCUAUGCGGCGCUGACGUCUCUUAUACUCGGAGGGGUGGCUGCUUCGUUGAGUCUGCACAAGCCCCUGUUCCAUAAUAUUUUACGGAGUCCUCUAUCUCACUUUGACGUCACUCCACUCGGAAGAAUUUUGAAUCGACUCGGGAAGGAUAUGGAAACAGUGGAUCUCCGCCUUUCAUCAAAUUUCCGUUUCCUGGCUGUCGCCUUUAUGAACGUUCUACAAACGUGUAUCAUCAUUUCAAUUUCAACUCCUCUUUUCAUCUUGGUUAUUGUUCCAAUAUUCGUUAUUUAUUUGCUUAUUUUGCGGUACUUUAUACAUUGCUCUCGUCAGCUCCAGAGGCUCACCGCCUCGACUCGAUCUCCGAUUUACUCUCAUUUCGACGAGACUAUUCAUGGGGCGACUACCAUUCGUGCUUUUGGAUGGGUUGAUAUGUUCCGGGAACAGAACAUCGAUAAGUUGGAAAAGCAUGUGAGAUGCUCAUACCUCUCCUUGAUGUCGAAUCGGUGGUUAUCAGUACGAUUGGAAAUUCUGGGUAGCACAGUGAUACUUGCAACUGCUUUACUCGCUGUCGUAUCACGUGAUUGGGGAACAAUAACUGCAGGUGCCAUUGGUUUGUCUGUUUCCUACAGUCUCAAUAUCACGUUCAUGCUUAAUUUAUUUGUUCGACAAGUUAGCGAAGUGGAGACGAAUGUAGUCGCCGUUGAACGAAUAAAAGAAUAUACCGAAACGGCCGUUGAGGCACCGUGGCGGCGACAAGUUCCUCCUCCCCAUGGUUGGCCUAAUUACGGUGAAGUGUCAAUCGAACACUACUCGACACGAUAUCGUCCAGGGCUUGACUUUGUCCUGAAAGAUGUCAGUGUUUAUAUAUCGCCAGGAGAAAAAGUUGGAGUCGUCGGAAGAACUGGCGCAGGCAAAUCUUCGUUGGCUCUAGCUUUAUUCCGAAUCGUCGAGCCGGUGCAGGGCAAAAUUCUUUUAGAUGGUCUUGAUAUAACAUCAGUAGGGCUGCAUGACCUAAGAGAGCGUCUCACGGUUAUUCCUCAGGACCCUGUGCUGUUCUCCGGUACGCUACGAUUCAAUUUGGAUCCCACGACGAAGUACUCCGAUGAGGAGCUCUGGAAAGCUGUUGAAAUGGCGAAUUUAAAGCCAUUUGUAGAAAAUCUCCCACUUGGAAUUUAUCACCAAAUUGAUGAAGCCGGAGGAAAUAUAAGUGUUGGCCAGCGUCAGCUCGUGUGCUUGACUCGAGCACUGCUGAGAAAGUCUCGAGUGUUGGUACUGGACGAAGCUACUGCUGCAGUGGAUACGCAGACUGACACGCUUAUCCAGGCAACCAUACGGAAGCAAUUCGACAGCUCGACAGUCAUCACGAUAGCUCACCGCCUCAAUACAGUCCUCGACUACGAUCGGUGA